GUUCGGUCGAGUCACCCGGCGUGGUGAAUCGAGGCCCCAGGGGCAGCGUAGGGAACGAGCUGGUGUGGGCUUCGAUUCUACCCCCGCCCGAGUGUGUGCGUCUGCAUCCCGUCCGUCCGCCCGCAACGCCGCCCACCCCCUGGGUUUAUCCUUGCUGGCUCCCGGCUGACCCCCACCCCGCCUACCCUGCUCCAGGGGGAGUGAGGGUGGUUGGUUGGGAGGGGAAGCUAGUGGACUCCGGCGAGGUGAAACGUGCCAGGGUCAGUGGUGCCGGGGUUACGGGCUGUCUGGACCCCCCUUUCGAUGGUUGGUGCGUAUUCCAUGUUGGUUGUAGCAGGUCACAAAAGCUCCCGCGGCUGGCGCGUGUGGAGCUGUCCCCCCCCCCCCCCCCCCCCCAAUGGGGCUCAAACAAUCCCCGUUUUGGGGUGGAAAAAGUGAACGUGAAUGGCUGUGGAAAAGCUCCCGCUGGCCAGAACAGCAAAAUGAAGGGGGGAUAGGGAGUGAGGUGGGACACCCCUUCCCCAACUCGAGUCGUGACAAGAGAGAGAGGUGUCGAACCGCUGACCGGGGCAACGAUGAAGGGGCGGUGGGGUGCAUUGUUUAACGGGACACCCCCUCUGGUUCCUUUGAAAAGGGGGGAAGGGAGUGAGGUGGACACCCCUCUCCCCCCUGCUUGAGAAGUCGUAACAAAAGAAAGCUUGAACCGAAUGGAUCUCCGUAGGGCAUCGGUUUACACCUCCUGGUGCGGGGGGGGUGUCCUUCCCCUUUAAGAAAUACGGGUCCACCAACGUCAUGACGCGGAACUGGACGCCGCCUCCGGCCGCUUAUUAACCGCCGCACGUGGCGUGCGGGCCCCUUUCCCCCUCUGCAUUGGCUCUAGCACGGUCAUGGCUGAAUGUGCCCUAUGCUUCAACGUCUACAGCCGGCUUGCGCCUCACCUGACGGCCGUUCACAAGGUGGCCAACUCGGACGAGAAGCGGCUGCUGCUCGCGCUGGCCGCCGGCCGCGUGGACACGCGGAAGACACCGUGCCCGGUCCCGGGCUGUCGCCGGACGCCAGCCCGCCUAGACAGGCACUUGAGGCAGCACGCGGAGCUCUUGACCUCGGGAAGGAAAGAGGCUAUGGGGAGGGCGAAACGCCGGAAAGUAGCUCGGGAGUUGCAGUGGCUGCGGUCCACCCAGCCUGCAAUCCCUGUCGUGUCCCAGCUAGCAUCGUCCUCCGAGGGGGAGCGGGACUCGGAGGACCCAGAGGCCGGCCGCCCGUGCGCCGACCGCGGCUGCAGGCGCGCCACCGAGCGCAUACAGGCUCAGCUCACGGACCUGGGGAAACAGGUUACCAAGAUGCGGUCCACCCUGCUCCAGAUCACACGCCUCUACCGGGAGCUGAGGAAGGGAGAAGGGGGGAGAAGGAGGAGGAAGAGGGCGAGGAGAACCAGGUCGCCUCCUGCACCACCGGCUCCCGGGCGAGGCGCGGCCGGAGGUCCGACGCCCCCCGAGCCUCCGGAGGCUUUGGAACCCUACCCGUUCCCGGACCACGUCCCCGCGCUGAACCUUCUCUUGGGGGAGUUCGAAGGGUACCAACUGGGCAGCGAGCCCACCGCGCGCCUGCGGAACAACGUCACUUCGAAGCUGGGGAGAAUCAAAGCCUUCCUGGGUUACAUGGCCAGGGGCACCGCGGAGCCAGGGGACUUCCUUUUCCUCAACCAACCAGCCCGAAUCCGAGCGUGGGCCGCCCGGCUAGGUCAGACGCGCAUGGCCGAGCCCACCAGGCAGCACUACCUGAAGAACGUGGCUCAGUUCCUAGACUACCUCUCGGAGACGCCGCCGGCCGCCUGUCAGCUCUCCAGCACGGCUCUGGUUCUGAUUCGAAGGGAGGUCAGAGCCCUCAUCCGCGGCAUACGCCGGCGUGUCGUCGUGCACGAGGUAAGGACCAAGCAGGUGAAGGAAAGCCGACUGAUCCCCAAGGCCAGUCUGGUGCGCUGUCACCGGACCGCUGGGAGGAAAAUUCCCGCCCUGCUAGGUAAGCAAGCCCUUCCGCCGUUCCAGCGAUUCCCCCUGUUCGUUCUUCCGGGGCACCAACAGCCCUUGGUUCAUCCAGCCACGUCUGUCUGCCCCUCUCCCCCGCGAAUGGGACUCAUUCGGGGGGGAAGGGGGGCAGACCGACGUGGCUGGAUGAACCAACAGCUGCUGGUGGCCCGGAGAGGAGUUGUGCGUUUCUUCUUCAGGGGCACCAGCAGUCCAUGAACUGCUGGUGCCCCUGAAGAAGAAACGCACAUUUCCUCUCCGGGCCACCAGCAGCUGUUGUUUGAGCUGCUGGCGCCCCGGAGUACAAGUCACCAGCAGCCAAGAGCUGUUGGUGACCCAGAAAGGAAAUAGAACCGUCGGUGGUCUAAUCUGUCUAAUGUCUUUCACCAGCUAGCCUCGAAUCCAACCCAAGCACUAGGCAACAGUGGCGCUUCUAUGGCUUUCUGACUGGCUACCUAACCUCCAUCUCUGGGCACCGCUGUGGAGUCUUCCAGAAUCUCACAAUCCAGGAGGUUGAAGAG